AUGUUCACGUCUUGUUCUCCUCCGGUUCUUCGCGAGUGCAUAAAUAAUAACAACACCGAGCAGCAGCAGCAAGUACUAAAACACUCAGUUAUUAAAUGUUUACUAUAUAUGCUCUGCGUGUGUUUCUGUUGUUUUGUGGGUUGUUUUUUUAUCCCAAAGAACACGAUUUUUGAAGAAAAUUCGUGGUGCUCCUUUCGCAGUUCUUUUUUCUACAACAUACACCCUAAAUAUUUUUUUUUUCUUUUGAUUCAUUUCUUUCUUUUCGCACGAAGCGUUUCUCUCUGUACACACACACACACACCACUAAUUGUUGUGCUGUUACGUUUGCGCGCGCUUUUGCAACGCGCAUCUAACUUUGGUGGUGAAAAGUCGGAGUGCUGUGGUCGAGCUUUAUUUUACGCAGCUUUGAAUUUUGACCACCUGCUAUCAUUUAUUAUACGCGCACAAAACAAGAGAGAAUCAGUUUUUUACCUCAGGGAGGAUUGGUUUUUGGGGGACAACGAACUUUUCUCUUCUUCUCUUUUAGAAAAAGAAACACGGGCCACUGCCAUGGCGACAUCGACGACGACGCGUUCUUCUGCUAAAUCGCACAACAACGAGAACGCCAUCUCGUCGAUAUUCAUCGUCGCGCCUCGAGGAGACGUGAUUAUCAAGCGCGAGUAUCGAAAAGAUGUGCCAGAAAAUCAAGCUGAGAUUUUCUUUCGUUUGGUCAAGUUCUGGGGAGCGAAUGAAAGGAACAGAAACGAAGACGGUGGUAAUGGUGGUGUCAUCAUCGGGAAAGAGAACGAGAACGAGAUUAACGGUGUUGGUGAAGGAGGAGGCGGGACGAUGGAUCACUCCGCGCCGGCGGCGUUUAACGACCAAGGGGUAAAUUAUUUGCACGUGAAAGCGAACGGCGUGUACGUCGUCGCGACGACGAGAGCGAACUGUUCGCCGUCGUUUGUUUUGGAACUGUUGCAUCGAAUCGCGAAAGUGAUCAAGGAUUAUUGCGGGACGUUGUCGGAAGAUGCAGUGAGGAAAAAUGCUAUUUUGACGUACGAAUUACUCGAUGAGAUGGUCGAUUACGGGAUUCCGCAGUCUACGAGUACGGCGGCGUUGGAGAAGCACAUUUUUAACGAUCCGGUGGUGGUUUCGGAAAGUACGAGCGCGUUAGGCGCUUUAGGAACGACUGGACGUCUCGCGAUUCAAAAGACCUUAGAUAUGAGGACUGGAAUUGAUGGCGUUGAUAGAGCGAUUGGCACGACAAAGACGGCGGUAAUCGACGGACAAAAAUCGCAAACGUAUAAGAAAGCAGCCGGAGCGUUUGAUAAAAUCUUGUCCUCGAAAAUUUCCAAGAACUUAAUGUCCAAAGUAGACGACGUUUUAGCGAAAGGUGGUAGCAAUAGCGGUGGUGGUCAAAGCAACAGAGACAGUGGCAGGGAUGUUAGAGUGUCCUCGUCUACAGUUCCGGGUUCUGCGACGAACGUCUCCGUCGCCGACGACGGCGCGGGCGAGGCUAUUUUCGUAGACGUGAUCGAUAAACUCAACGUCGUUUACGGUCGCGACGGGGAAUUAGUCAACGCGGAUAUCGAUGGGUGCGUCAAAGUGCGUAACUUUUUACGAGCGGCAAAGGAUACCAGAGUGCGCGUGGCUAUGCCGGAAGAUUUAGAAAUCGGCGGUCGCGAACGUGCGAAUCGUCGCGCGACGAGCAGCGGUUUCGGCACAAACAUCGACGACUGUAACUUCCACGAGACGUGCGAUUUAUCCUCUUGGGACGAAAAUAGAACGGUUUCGUUGUUACAACCACCUCGAGGGGAGUUCAACUUGAUGAAUUAUCGCAUGUCUGCGAGCGAUUUCACGCCCCCGUUCAAGGUGCAGUGCAUCAUUGACGACUCGACACCGUUUCAAAUUAAGAUUGAAAUCAUCGUCUAUUGCGAUUGGCGAAGCGACGUGCGCUCCUCGGCGACGGAAUUUUCCUUCCCGCUCCCCAAGGCCACACAAAACGCCACUUUCACGUACGACCAAAACGAAGCCAUCGGUGGUGGCCAAACCGAGAGCAACGAACGCGCGACGUCGGAAAAUCAACAACAACAACAAAGAACCCACCACGCGAUGUACGACCAAACUCGAAGAUGUGUCACCUGGCAACACAAAUCCCUCAAAGGUCAAACGCAAACCAGUUUACUCGUCCACGCGAGUCUCAACCAGCGUAAAGUAGGGUUUGAAACGCGGCGGGAAAUCGGUCCAAUCAGUGCCCAGUUCUCCAUCCCAAGCUUAAACUUGAGCGGCAUGAACGUUCGAUAUUUGAGAGUCUCCACCGCGGAAACCGGCGGCGCGAGCGAUAAGAGCGUACAAAGGUGGGUUCGGUAUAACGCGAAAAGUAACAACUACAUCUGCCGAGUGUAG